CUGAAAGCCAACCCAUCUACACACAACAUGGGUGUCAAACUUCAGUUUGACGGGCCCUUUGACCCUCUCCGCAUCUCCACAAUUGAGGACGACGACGAGGUCCCUGUGGUAGACGAAGAAGAAGAUGAAGAGGAUUUCGCCCCGCAUGGAGCAGAGAUCACCAAAUAUAAGGCAGAUAACCCUGGACAAAAGCAAACCGCUCAGACGGCGAAACCAGGUAAAAAGGAGAAAAAGGCGAAAAAGACAAAGUCAAAAGAGAAUGACGCACCAACGACCACCCAACCUCCACCAAAGUCUCAGCAAUCCACCGACAAGAAGCCGGAUGACUUGGAAUUGAAUCCUGAUUUCUCUUUUGACGCCGAUGGUGGACUGAAUCUUGUAGGACCAUCACAUCCUUGGGAUUUCACCUCUGUCAAAGCUGCCAUCAAGCAGCAAAUGAAGGAUACAAUUUCAACCACUGUUGAUGAAAAGAUUGAACGAAGACGGGCGAAAGUGAACCGUGCCGCUGAUACUAAGAAGAAGCUUUUGGCGGACGGUGAGAGCCAAGAAGAGGCGGAUAAUGACUUCAUGGAUGACGGGUCAGACGACGAAGAGGUUGCUGACGAUGAGGAAGGAGUGAUUGCCAGCGACUCGCUAGAUGACGACUCAGUAGACGAGAACGCAGAAGGAGAGGAGAUGUUUGAUGAUGGUACUGAUGACGAUGAGAGUGAGGGAGAGCAGGACGACGAAGUUGUCACCACCCAACAUCGGCAUCGCGACAGUGACGAUGAAGAGGAUGAUGAUGACGAGCCCGACGACAUUGUACAGGAAAAGAAAAAGGCAGAAUACUUUGCACCCGCUCCUGAAGCUGAGGAAUCGACUACUGAGGCCUUUACGAGCAUGCGACUCUCCCGGCCCAUUCUCAAAGGCAUCGCCGCCAUGGGAUUUGUCAAGCCCACAGCCAUUCAAGCCCGUACCAUUCCUAUUGCUCUGCAAGGCAAAGAUAUCUGCGGUUCAGCCGUAACAGGAUCUGGAAAGACUGCAGCGUUCAUUAUUCCCGUCUUGGAACGUCUUUUGUUCCGUCCGAAAAACGUUGCCACGACCCGCGUCCUCAUUCUAGUUCCAACGCGUGAAUUGGGUGUACAAUGUCACUCUGUCGCGGUCAACCUAGCGAAAUUUUCUGAUAUUCAGUUUUGUCUUUGUGUGGGUGGUUUGUCAACCAAGACCCAGGAGGUGGAACUGAGGGCGCGACCUGACGUGGUGAUUGCGACGCCCGGUCGACUCAUUGACCACAUCCGCAACUCGCGGUCAUUUAAUCUGGACAGUGUCGAGAUUUUGAUCAUGGAUGAAGCCGACCGGAUGCUUGAAGAUGGUUUUGCAGAUGAGUUGAACGAGAUUAUCAAGAAUACCCCCAAGAGCCGACAAACUAUGUUGUUCUCUGCGACCAUGACGGACAAUGUUGAUGAUUUGAUCAAGUUGUCUCUCAACCGACCUGUAAGACUCUUUGUAGAUAGCACCACGUCCAUUGCAAAUCGUCUCGUGCAAGAAUUUAUUCGUGUGCGUGCACACCGUGAAGAGAGUCGACCUGCCAUUCUUGCCGCCCUCUGUAUACGAACAUAUACAUCAGAAACCAUUGUCUUUUUCCGUAGCAAAGCGGCAGCCCAUCACAUGAAAAUCGUGUUUGGGCUGCUAGGACUGAAGGCCGCCGAACUCCACGGUAACUUGACGCAACUGCAGCGUCUGGAAGCUUUGGAGCAAUUCCGUGACAAGCAGGUCGACUUUUUACUUGCGACAGAUCUGGCGUCUCGUGGUCUCGAUAUUGCCGGUAUCAAAACUGUCAUCAACUACGACAUGCCAAGAAACUAUGCCCAGUACGUUCACCGUAUUGGACGAACAGCCCGUGGCGGCGCAGGCGGUCGAGCCGUCAGUCUUGUCGGAGAAGCCGACAGAAACGUCCUUAAAAUGGCCGUUAAAAACUCUCGAGAUGAAGUCAAGCACCGCAUCGUCCCAUCUCAAGUUGUCCAAAAAUACGAGCGACGCAUUGAGAAAUUCAAAGACACCGUAAAAGAAAUCUACGCGGAAGAGAAAGAAGAAAAAGAGAUGCGUAAAGCCGAGAUGGAAAUUUCCAAAGCGCAGAAUAUUAUGGAGCAUGAAGCGGAGAUCAAGAGUCGACCUGCUCGAACGUGGUUCCAGACUGAAAAAGAAAAGGCGCAAGCAAAGGAGCUUGGCCUUGCGAAACAUCAUGCAGAUUUUGGAAUCGACAGCGAGGAACCUGUCAGUAAAAAACGAAAAGCCGCUUCACAAUUUGAUGAUGAUGCGCCAAAACGAACCUCCCUCUCCGGUCUCUCCCGCAAAAAGAAACGCACCAAACUCGCCCGCGAAGAAGACGCAAAACAACUCGCAACGCAAGCCCGUGUCGCCCGCUCCGUCAAAAAACAAGCCCGCCCCCAGAAAUUGGCUGCUGUUCCUGAACCUCGCACUUUUGUGCCUAAACCCUCUACUAAACGACGGGAAGGAGGGUUUGACAGUGAGAUGGGAGUAAGUAAAAAGAAAACUCCCAAAAAGACUGUGACGAAACAGGAACCUGUUCAAAAGAAGAAGGAACCAAAGAAAUUGGGAAAAGUGAGAUCUGUCAAGGCGUUUAAAUCGAAAUCGAAAUUCAAGAGACGCUAGUGAGGGGGAUUCUUUUUUUGUAUGUAUUUUUGUGAGUUUUUUCUAGUAUGGUUUUUAUAGCGAUGGCAUUGUGUGGAGGUGGAAUUAAAUGUGUGUAGAAACGGGUGCUCGGAAUUAACAUACUCAAUGUUGGUGUAUUACUUACCGCACAAAAUAGUGCCUAGGGUUUGACUUGGAAUUUCACAAGAAUGAAUUGUACACGUAGACAUUAUAAUCAAGGUCAAAAACAUUAUGAAGUGCAAACAUUGGAAAGAGACAGUAGAGAUACACGAUACACAUGAUAUAUUUGCAAAAGACA